UGAAAAGUUGAAUGUUGAUAUUUUUACUCUUAUUAUUUAACUAAUAUUUGUGACAAUUUUGACAGUCAAGUUUACCUCUUCACUGUCCUUAUUGUAACAGUUUUCAUCAGUUAUUAACUCAAUCUGGUCAAUUUGCAAGAAACAUGUAACCUGUGGAUUAACCGAGUCAAAGAUGACAUCUUCAAGCCAUUUAACCAACCUCACUGAUUCAAAUCCUCGUCAAUCUUCAUCAACUACAUUUGAAUCAAAUUACUGUUCUCGUCCCUCCAACCUUCAUCACCAUAUUCACCAUAAUCAUUACUCAUCCUUCAGUUGUAAUGAAAACCUGCAACUUGCAACUUACAAAUCAAAAAUAUGGAGAUCACUUUCAAUGGGUCUUUCCUUUUUCGCUCUCAUCUUAUUAACGAGUAAAUUUUACGAUGUAAAUAGAGAAGUAAAUUAUCUCAAAUAUAUAUCAAACAAUUGGUUAUCACCUCCAUCUUCAUCAGCCGCUCUUCAUCGUCUCAACAAUUCAACGAAAGCGUCGCUAUCAAAUGAUCUACAAAUGAUCAAUUCGGUAAAUCAUCAGAUUGAGUCAUUGAAGCAAGAUUUAAACAUUUUAAUUGGUGAAUUAUGGUCUUCACGAACAACACUCCUUUUGAGUGUCAUCUUCGUUAUCGUGUACAUUUUAAGCUGGACCUGGAUGUCAUAUACAGUCCAAGAAGAUCACACAUCAAAGGAUGUAUCAGUUAAAACAAUAUUAUUAUUAACUGUUUUUGCUGUUGUCGAUAUAGCUGCUAGCGCUGGUUUUGUGUUGGUUCGUAUUGUUAUGUAUGUUCUUCGUAAUCGACAUUUUCCUAUGGAAAUGAGAAUACCUUUUAUACCUGGUGAACACAAUCAGUUAACUUCAUUCAUUGCACUUCGUUUAACUACUCUUAAGUCAAGUUCAGGUACAACUGAUAUAUUCGUGGCAACCAUCAUUGGCCUAUUAACACUACUCCGAUUGUACAGUGUUAUGUGCGCUGUUUCCUUUUAUAACAAAGCGAAAAAAAGUGAUCCAAGUUACCAUAAUAAAAAGCCAACGACCCUUUUAGAGAGCAUAAACCCUGGACGACAACCGCCUCACCCACCUCCACCUCCACCAAUUCCUGAUACCAAUGGUUUCCUGCCAAGAACAUCGAAUGUUUUAUCCAAAUCCCAAUCCAAUUCAAGUCUGAAGGAAAGGAUGGAUAUCAGUCGAAGGCUUUCUAUAACAGGAUCAAUCAUGAGCGAUGAAGAAAUCAAUCGAGAAUUGAAAAUACAAGCAGCUGAUAUGUCCCCGUUAAUGCAACGAUCAGCCAUUGAAAGUGCAUUGCAAGCUUUGAGAUUGUAUAAUACAGAGAAGCAUAUCGCCGAGAGCAUAAAACAAGACUUUGAUCGAGCCUUUGAACCAACUUGGCACUGCAUCGUUGGACGUAACUGGGGAAGUUGUGUAACUCAUACCAAAAAAUGUUAUGUACGCUUGGUUUGCCGGGAUUUAACCAUACUAUUGUAUAAAUCAACUUAACCAGGAUUGAUUCUAGAUCAAAGACCACCUCUACCUUUUCAAAAUGAAAUCCUUUUACAUUUCAGGCCUCUUUUUGAAACAUAUCAGAAUUAUAUCUUUUAUUACUUAGUUACAGUGUGACUGACCUGUCAAAUUGAUAAAGAAUGAGUGUUGAAUUCAAAAGCAGUAAUCUGUUGGGCUUUACUUGUAAAUUUUUUCAGAGUCCAUUGGCUCCAUUCUUGUAUCUUUUUCAUCCUUUGAAACUUAUUUUUUCCUCAAAGAUUUUUGGACGUUUUAUAUUCCCAAUUUGUUGGCUAUGUCUCGUAACACAUUAGUUGCCAUGGUUUAAGUGCGUCUAAAAGGAAAAAUGGCGAGACAAAAGAAUUAGAAUUGAACUUGCAAUGAUUAUUCUGUUUAUGUUGAUAUUUUGGAUCAUUUGCAGAUAAAACUCGUGAUCAGUUGAUAAUCAAAGUUGCAGAACGACUUCAAAGAAAAAAAAUCUUGCCUUCUCUUGAGUGUACUCACUUUCUAACCUGAAAAUUUAUCUUUUUAUGCAAUGAUUUGAAUGUAACCAGACUGGUUUACCUUUUGUUUUUGAUGCCAUGGUUGCUUUAUAAAGUUAAUAAUUUUUCUAGA